AUGCCUGUUGCUCAAGCAUCUACACAUGGGUCGUAUGGUCGGUCACACAUGGACAUGGCUCUUCCUUAUGAUUCUGGUGCGUUUCACAUCACCACCACAACCAUCACAAGCACCAGCACCAGCACCAUCACCAUCACCUCUCCUACUUCCCCCACCGCCCCUCUUCCUUCCUACUUCUCCCCACCCGACCCUCUCCCUUCCUUUGAACGCUCGGGUCCCGACCAAUACCCUGUUCUCCCCAUCCUUCGUCCCACCUCUCCUCCUCUCCCGGCCCACCCCCUACCGUACCGCCACCAACCGUUCCCCACCGCGUCACCUCACCACGGAUCUGCUCCCCCUCUCUUCCCCCCAGCCCCAGCAUCUGAACCCCCUUGUGGGUUUGAUCCUAGACUGCCCGUGCCUUAUGAGGCAGAAGUGCGUGGUUCAUCAGAGGGGGGAGACGGCAUGCCAGGAGCAAUGGCGCAUAGGGCAAACCUGGGACCCGUGUUUAUUCAUCAGCAUGAGUGGGUAGAGGGCAGGAGUCGCGAGGGCAGUGGGGCACGCGGAGGUGCAAGGCAUGAACAUGCGGGUUUGGAUGGGGGGGACGAAGAAGGUGGAGCAGGAGAGUUUGAAGGGUUGUCAUUCAAGGGGGGUGUGGCUGAACUGGGUAGGAUAGGAGACGGUUGGAGAGAUGUGGAAGGAGGGGGGGUGGGGCUGGGAAGAGGUGUUCCAUGCCGGCGGAUUGUGUUGGGAUUGGGAACACGAGGAGCCCGUGUUGGAAACGCGAUGGGAGCGGAUACAGGUGAACCAGCAAGCACAGGCAUGCAGCAGCAGUUGGGAAUGGGCGUCAUGGUGUUAGGAGCAGUGGGAGCAGCGGGAGCAGUGGCUGGAGUGGGAGCAGGGGAAGCAGGGGGAGCAGGGGGAGCAGGGGGGGCUGGGGGGCCCAGUGAUGCGUCCCUCUCACCCUCACUUUCCUCGCCUUCCUCCGUCUCCUCAUCUUCCUCCUCCUCGUCCCGCUCAGCAAGGCCGAGGGCUGGGGGACGAGCGAACCCAUCAAGACCUCGAGCGACCGUCGCAACAGUUCCAGCCAUAUCACCAGCAGCAGUGAUGGCAGUGGAGCAUGAGACACAGCUUGAUAUGGUGCAUGAUGUGAAGGAGCUUCUACCCGGCCCAUCUUUUUCUUCUGUACCCUCCUCUCCAUCCUCCUGCUCUGCCUCCUCUUCCUCCUCUUCUUCCCCCUCGUUCUCAUCCUCCCCUCCAGCUCCCAAACCAACAUCUGCAUCAACAGCAGCUGCUGCAACCAACACAGCCACCGCUGCCGCCGCCGCUGCUGCUGCAGCCGCAGCCGCAGCAGUGGAGGGAUCUCUGAGGGAAAGAGCAGGAGCAGCAAUGGACCCAGUCGAGCUCCUCAAAAGCGAGAUGCUUAAGGGAGACCCAGUGGGAAUCCUCGCUGCAGCAGAGGUCAUCCGGCACUUAGCUAAGCGCAGCGCUCGGUGGCGCGAGCACAUCACAGUGGCGGGUGGAAUCCCGCCGCUGCUCGCUUUGCUAAAAGCUGCACAGCACCCGGUGUUAGUGGAAAGUGCAGCAGCAGCAGUGAGGAAUCUGGCGAUCGAGGAAGUGAGCCGGAAGCUUCUGCAAGCGGUAGGAGCAGUGGGUCCGGUUAUAGCUGCUCUUGUAGAGGCAGGAGUGGAGAUUAAGGAGGGUACCGGCAGCGAGGGGAGCGAGAGAGAGAGUGGGAGUGUGGGUUUGAGAGGUGCGAUCGCAGGUGGUGGUGCUGCUCUAAGCAACAGUGGUGGAUCUGGCAUAACGAGAGACCCAAAGGACCAGAAUCAGAGCGUUGCUGAGAAUUUCUCAUCUUCUGAACCUGCUGCUGCUGCAUCUAUGGCCCAUGCCGCAACACCUAGUGGCACCGGCGCAAUACAAGGCUCCCUUGGAGUUCUUGCCAGCGGCAGUGGCAGCAGCAGCAGCGGCAGCAGCUACGGCAGCGGCAACGAGACGUCGUUUGCCAUCCAGGAGCAUGCAGCUGCCAUUCUCUUCAGCCUUGCCAAGAGCGACGACAUGAAGAAGGAGAUCGGGCGCCUGGGAGCCAUUCCCCCUCUCGUCCGCCUCUUCUCCUCCUCCUGCCCCACACUCCCCCUCAACUCCCCUUCCUUCUCCUUCCGCGUCGCCCCGACCCCUCCGCACCCCCUUCCACCGCACAGCAUCUCUCUCCGCGUGCUCUACUAUCUCUCAGUGUACCGGCCGAACAAAGCCCUGAUUGUGGCAGCGGGUGCUGUGCCGUGCCUGCUGUCGGUGGUGCGGGAGCAAGACUCCAAGUCCAUGCUUGCAGAUGAUUGCGUGCUGCUGCUCACAUCACUGGCUGCGGUGCGGGAAGGGCAAGAAGCGAUUGUGGAGAGUGGCGGGAUUGCUGUGCUUGGGAGGGUGCUGGAGGAUGGGACGAUGCUGGGGAGGGAGAAUGCGGGUGCGGCGCUGCUGCUGCUGGCACGUGCGGAAGGGGAGUGGCUUAAGGGUAUAGUGGCGGAAGCGGUGCUGCCGUCUCUUCUGGAGAUUGUAAAUGGUGUGGGGCAGAGCAACCGAGCACGGUCUAAGGCACAGGAGCUGCUGAAUCUCAUAAGGGGAGCCCAGCGGCGGCCGGUCACAGUAUUGGAUAAGAGGCCAUCUGGCCCUCACUUCCUCCCAACCACCCCACCCCCCCACCAACCACUCCCCCAUUUGCCCCGUCCCUCUCACCCCAGCAGUCCCCCGCCUUUCGCCCCUGUCCCCUGCUUCCCCCCUCCCGCUAACUCCCUGUACCGUACUGUACAUAUUUCCCUCCCUCCCCCUCUCCCCUCCCCCGUGCUUCCCCUUGGUCCCCUCCCCAACCGGGAAUGCUGCUCCGCGGAACAACAAACGCUGUUCGUCCCUCUUGCUUCUCAUCUCACAGUCCCUCUCCACUCCAUCCCUCCCCUUCUCUGCCAGCGCCGCCCGCGGGGUUCCGCGCACGAAGCGGAUGGCGCGGAGUCCCCGGGCGCGGGGGGAGCUGACGACGCGGACGGGGAUAUCGGUGGUGGCGGAAGCGGUAGUGCGCGGAGCGGCAUUCCCCCGCUUGGCAACGACCAGAAGCAACGGCACCGGAGCGCGGUUACCUCCCCUUCCGCCUCCCCCGGUUCGUCUGGAUCCCACAGCGACGGGCAGCUGAAAAAAAUGGUCAAGCGGAUGUUUCCGCCCCAUCCGGGAGGGGGAUUCAAGGGGUUCUGGGGAGUGGGUGGCGGGGGAGGGGGGAGCGUGGGGAGUGGAGGCGGGGCUGGGGGGGGAGGAAGCGGGGGGAGUGUGAAGACGGAGGUACUAGCGUUUGAGAUAGGCAGUGUGAUGAGACGGUCUUUGGAGAUAUAUGACUGCAUGGGGGAGAAGACACUGGCCUCUCUGCGAUCCAACCUCCAGGCACCUGGAGUGGUCACGCUCAUCUCCAGUGACCUCAGACUGCUCUGGAACCUCGCAGGGGUGGAGAAGCUGUUGGAGCUGCAGCGGGUGGCGGCGCGAGUGGCAGUGCUGGGGCGCAAGUGUCGCAGUGUGCGCCUGCACACGCUGGGAGACCUCUUCCCGCUGCUGCUCUCCCCCGACUCCGACCUCUCGCACUUUGCCGUCUCCCCCGCUGAAACCGACGCACUCAUCAAAUUUAUGAGGGAGCAAGCGGAGGCGACAGAGCGACUCAAGUCAGAGAUGGAGGCCAUUCAGCAGCUGCACCACCGCAUCCAGGAGUAUGGAGAGUGGAACAAGCUGCAAGACAUGGUCGCCCAGGGCAAGUCAGUGGAGAAGCUACAGUCGCACUGCCUCUGGUCCUUUGACCUCGACUAUCUGCUGCAGCUGCUAGUAGCAGCCCUCUGCAUGAUCCGCCGGCGCAUCUUCGCGUCCUUCGGCCCGCCGCCCUCCUCCGCGUCCCCCUCGGCGCCAUCUCUGGUAGUGGGGUCGCUGGGCGCGUGGGGGCUCGCGCUGCACUAUGCCAACGUGGUCGUGCUGCUGGAGCGGAUUAUUCAACAGCCAGAUGCUGUUAUGGGACCCACCAGGGACGAGCUGUACGACAUGCUACCGCGCAGCAUACAGCAUGCGCUACGCUGCCAGCUGCAGGACCCCGAGAACUUUCUCCCGGACGGGCGAGUGGAGGCGAACCUGAAGCGCGGGCUGCUGCUGCUGCCCACCAUGGCGCACAACACCAUCUUCUGGCAGUCGCUGCACACACCGGGGACCCUCAUGGGCGCCGAUGAAGUCGUCUUUCAAGUGCAGACGUUCUACUAUGCGUGCAAGGAGGCAGUGGACGCAGCUCUCAUAGACGUGCUGCUUGGCCCGUCCCACAGCACCAUGGGCAGCAGCACCAUAUGUGCCACCCGUGCCCUCUCCAAACCCACCCUGCCCUCCGUCUUUCCUACCCCCUUCUUCCCCACCACCACCAGACGGCCCUUCGCGCCCUCCUACCCCAUCCCCACCUCCCUCUCCUCCUCCAACCCCUCCUCCUCCUCCACCUUCUCUCCGCGGUCCCUCGACUCGUCUACAGCCAGCAGCGGCGGCGGGAGCUUUAGGAAGGGUGGGGGAGGGUAUGGAGGGGCUGGGAGUGGUGACGGGAUUGGGGGGUAUGAGGAGACGGAUGAGCAAUUUUUGGCGAGGUAUGGAGGGGGGGCGAGCAGGGUGGUUAGCAGUGCGGCUGUGGAGGGGUGGGGGGGCAAGAGCACGAGAAGAACAGAGAGGAGGGACGGGAGAGACUCUGAAACAGCAGGGCAAUAUGAACAUGGGCUGGGAGCAGCAGGGAGUGCAGACGAUGGCAGAGGGGAAAGACGAGGCGAGGGGGGGGGUUUAGGUUUGGGAGAGAGAGGAGCGGGAGAGGGCGAGCGAGCAGAGAGGGGCGGGAAAGGGGGAGCAUCAGGCAGAGGAGGAGCAGGUGGCGGGCAGACAGGGGCCGACUGGUGGGAGGCUGGGAAGGAGAAGAGCAAGAAGGGCGCAGGGGGGGGCAGUAGCAGUGGGAUCGGGGGCGGGGGCGUGAGCACCGGUGGGGCCGGGGGUCCGGGCGGGGGUGGGGGUGGGAGGGUUAAGGCGGUGGCAUUGGAUACGAGCAACAGCGGUCGCAUGUCCCGCUCGCCUCUGCGCAUGGUCACUGCUGUGCUCUCCCGCAACCGUGCCGCCACCACCAGCAGCAGCGGUGCCAGCACUCCCGGCACUCCCGUCGGUUCCAGCAGCAGCAGCAGCAGCAGCAGCAGGAGGAGGGUGUUUGUGGAGCGGAGUUGGAGCGAGGGAGGGGUGGUGACACGUGCAGAUAGUGAGGAGCGGGGUGUGGUGCGAGUGAACAGUAGCGGGAGCCUGUGGGGCGAAUCAGAUGCGGAUUUGGCUGCUGCUGCUGCAGCGGCAGCAGCAUACGUUGCUGCUGGCCGGGCUGCUGCUGGUUAUAGCGCAGGUGCUGGCCCUGCAAACGGAGCACAUGCCGAUGAUGGCGCUGCUGGUGCUAAUGGCAGCAGUGGGGCUCCCAUCCCAUGGUCGGAGUCUGAUCCCGUGGUGCAACUACCAGCUUUAGAAGACCUCAAACACACCAUGCUCGCCUCUUCCGCUGCUGGAAAAGCCGGUGCCACGUCUGGGGGCAGCAGAAGGGGCGAGAGGGAGAGCGAGAGGGAGCGGGGGGGCGUAGGCGGGGCAGAGGGAGCAGGGAGACGGCGUAAGGUGCAGCGGAGUGUGAGCCUGAGUGGUACGGCACUCAAUCUUGCUGCUGAUGCUGUUGCAAGCAGCCCCGCCCCUGCCACUCCAAAGAGGGGCUUCUGGAAAGGGGGGAGUGAGAAGGAGCGGCGGAGAGACAGGGGAUUGGAUUUGGAUCAUGUGUAUCAUGGGCAGCCGGUUGGGACUCCUCGCGUUUCUGGCCGGCGAACGGUUGGGGAGGGAGAAGGAGGCGCAGGAGGAGGGAGGAGUGGGGGAGGGGAGGGGAAAGGCGUUCGGUGCUGCAUUGCAUAG